CUGCCUCUCGCCCGCCUCCGCCUCCGCCUCCGCCUUCCAAGGAGGCGCGAGCGGGUGCGGGGCGGACCGGCAGCCGCCGGGCGGGCGGCGAUCCAGGGAGUUGCGGAGCCUGUGCGGGGAGCGUGGGGGGGCUGGCGGCACCGCGGGCAUGGAGGCGCUGCUGCUGGGCGCGGGGUUGCUGCUGGGCGCCUACGUGCUUGUCUAUUACAACCUGGUGAAGGCCCCGCCCUGCGGCGGCAUAGCUAGCCUGCGCGGCCGCACGGCAGUGAUCACGGGCGCCAACAGUGGCAUCGGGAAGAUGACGGCGCUGGAGCUGGCGCGCCGGGGAGCGCGCGUGGUGCUGGCCUGUCGGAGCCGGGAGCGCGGUGAGGCUGCCGCCUUCGACCUCCGCCAGGAAAGUGGGAACAAUGAGGUCAUCUUCAUGGCCUUGGACUUGGCCAGUCUGGCCUCCGUGCGGGCCUUUGCCACCGCCUUCCUGAGCUCUGAACCACGGUUGGACAUCCUCAUCCACAAUGCCGGGAUCAGUUCCUGUGGCCGGACCCACAAGCCGUUUAAUCUGAUGCUGCGAGUGAACCAUAUUGGCCCCUUCCUGCUGACUCAUCUGCUGCUGCCCCGGCUGAAGACAUGCGCCCCAAGUCGCGUGGUAGUGGUAUCAUCAGCCGCCCACCGGCGAGGGCGCCUCGACUUCACACGCCUGGACCGCCCGGUGGUGGGCUGGCGGCAGGAGCUACGGGCAUAUGCCGACAGUAAGCUGGCCAACGUGCUGUUUGCCAGAGAGCUCGCCACGCAGCUGGAGGGUACUGGUGUCACCUGCUAUGCAGCCCACCCAGGGCCUGUGAACUCGGAGCUUUUCCUGCGCCAUGUUCCUGGAUGGCUGCGCCCACUUCUGCGCCCACUAGCUUGGCUUGUGCUGCGGGCUCCAAGAGGAGGUGCCCAGACACCCCUGUACUGCGCUCUCCAGGAGGGCAUUGAGCCCCUUAGUGGGAGAUACUUUGCCAACUGCCACGUGGAGGAGGUGUCCCCAGCUGCCCGAGAUGACCGUGCAGCUCACCGGCUGUGGGAGGCCAGCAAGAGGCUGGCAGGCCUUGGUCCUGGAGAGGAGGCCGAACCUGAUGAAGAUCCCCAGCCUGAGGACCCAGGGGCCCCAUCUUCCCUGAGCAGACCCCACUCUAAGGAGCCCACAGUUUCUGAACCCCACCCCAGCCCUCAGAGUUCACCAGAUCUAUCUAAGGUCACACAGAGAAUUCACGUUAAAACUGAACCUGAGCCCUAAAUCUCCUAAUCCCCAGGCUGGGAUGCUUUCCAUGACACUUUUGUGGCCCUCGAAAACCUUAACUGCAUGUCAGCCCCUGCCCUGGGCACUGAGGGGUUUGCAAUUUUUACCUCCAUGCUUCCUGGCUGGGGCUUCAGAUUAUGUCCUGAACAGCUCUUUUCCUGGUGGAAGGAAAUCGUGGGUGAUGAUUUCUUCCUGAGAAUAACAAUAAUCCCAGAUUGAGAGGUGAGGGCUAAUGCGCCAGAUGUUGCUUCUGAGCAAUUUGAAUUCCUUACCUCUGUCCCGACUCUGGGUGAUGCUGAUCGGCUUUGGAUGAGGGGGUACAGCGAUUGUAAUUUGUAAUUACAGUGCAACACUGAGAAUU